CAAACCACGCUCCGCAGUGCCGAGCACACCGGAGUGAGAAGCAGUCCCUUGUCUGGACAGCUUUCUAAAUAGGGGGGUAAAUGAAAAAAAAACAAAUACCCAACUUUAUUCCCACUUUAUGGACAGUAAAGAUGGAGAGGAUACUUGAAGUGCUCAUAGCUCAGUAAUAUCAGCAGAGGAGAAGAUUUUGUUAAGGUGUGAUGCUGAGGAGUGAUGCUUUUAUCAAUCUUUUGUGAGAUCAGAGCUCUUGUCAACACGCAGCUUAAUUCCACUGUAUGUUGUUUUCUUUGUUUAUUUUAUUAAAGGAGCUGUCUCCCCAUAUUGAAAACUGCCUUAGUGAAGUGUCACCUUCUGCUUGAGAUAUGUUGUAAAAAGAAACUGUAAUGUCUGGCAGGCAUUUCACAUCCUUAAAUUUGGUGCAAUCCUAGCACAUAUAUAGAACUUAGUAAGGCAGAAAAAAAAUGCCUCAGAGGUGACACCAUCCGUAGUCAGGACUACGUGAUGCUACCCACACUAGGACUCUGAAGCUGUUAAUAGCUGAGGAGCCCAGACUUUCAGCAGAGGAUCUCAGCUCAUUUGCCAUGCCAUUCUUGGACGGUGAUGUGGAGAGCACGGACAAAAAUGCUUCUCGCAAGGUGGACGAAAGCUACUCAGCCGGCAGUCCUUCAAAAGGCCUUUUCUCAAAGGGGCUCCAGAACCGACCUUCCAGCCCCGUUUCUGCCCCUGUGAGAUCCAAACACAGUCCUGGCUCACCCAAAACAGUGUUCCCCUUCCCCUACCAGGAGUCUCCCCCACGCUCCCCACGCCGAAUGAGCUUCAGUGGGAUCUUCAGGUCCUCCUCCAAAGAGUCUUCCCCCAAUUCUAACCCGUCUACCUCUCCUGGGGGCAUCAAGUUUUUCUCCAGAUCAAGAAAAACCUCUGGCCUCUCCUCUUCUCCAUCUACCCCAACACAAGUGACCAAGCAGCCCACGUUUCCUCUGGAAUCCUAUAAGCAUGAGCCUGAGAGACCAGAAACUAGAAUUCACUGUUCCUCACCUCCGGACACGGGGCAGAGAUUUUCUCUGCCUCCAUCACAAAGUGCAGCCAAGCCUCCCAUCAUGACAGCAGCUCCCUGUGCUACCUCAAAACCUGCGGCGGCAGCGGCUCCGGCUCCCUUGCAGCUCCCGGCCGCCUCCGAAGGGAUGCUGGAGAAACUAGAGCUCGAAGAUGAAGCACUUGAAGAAUCGGAAAGUGACAUUUAUGUGCGAUUCAUGAGGUCACACAAGUGUUAUGACAUUGUUCCAACAAGCUCUAAGCUUGUUGUUUUCGACACUACGCUACAAGUAAAGAAAGCAUUUUUUGCCUUGGUGGCAAAUGGUGUGAGAGCAGCUCCACUGUGGGAGAGUAAAAAACAGAGUUUUGUAGGAAUGUUAACAAUUACAGAUUUCAUUAACAUACUACAUAGAUACUAUAAGUCUCCUAUGGUUCAGAUUUAUGAAUUGGAGGAGCACAAGAUAGAAACCUGGAGGGAGCUUUAUUUACAAGAGACUUUUAAACCUUUAGUGAACAUCUCCCCAGAUGCAAGCCUUUUUGAUGCUGUAUAUUCGUUGAUCAAAAACAAAAUCCACAGAUUGCCAGUUAUAGAUCCAGUCAGUGGAAAUGCACUUUAUAUACUUACCCAUAAAAGAAUCCUCAAGUUCCUCCAGCUUUUUAUGUCAGAGAUGCCAAAGCCUGCCUUUAUGAAGAAGAACCUGGAUGAACUUGGAAUAGGAACUUACCACAACAUUGCCUUCAUACAUCCAGACACUCCUAUCAUUAAAGCCUUGAAUAUAUUUGUAGAGCGAAGGAUAUCGGCAUUGCCUGUGGUGGAUGAGUCAGGAAAAGUUGUAGAUAUUUAUUCCAAAUUUGAUGUAAUAAAUCUUGCUGCUGAAAAAACGUAUAAUAACUUAGAUAUCACAGUGACACAAGCCCUACAGCACCGCUCUCAGUAUUUUGAAGGUGUUGUAAAGUGUAGUAUGCUGGAAACACUGGAGACCAUUGUGGAUAGAAUAGUGAAGGCUGAGGUUCAUCGUUUGGUGGUAGUGAAUGAAGCUGAUAGCAUUGUGGGUAUCAUCUCCCUGUCUGACAUCCUACAAGCUCUGGUACUCACACCUGCAGGUGCCAAACAAAAGGAGAACGAGAGCGAAUGACUGCUGUGAAUGUAAACAUUUGUAGGAGAACUUGAACAGAGUUUCUGGGUCGUUUGUCUCAAGAGCAGUGACUGCAAUGGAACAGAGCAGGAUGGCUGAGGAUGUGUUUUGGGACUUAGUGAUGGAUGAUGAGUCUCUUCCCCCCAGUGAUGUCGCAAAAAAAGCAGCAUGACAAAAGCUUAUGUUAAAAUGUAGGCUCGUAUUUCAAAAUGUCUUCAAAACAUUUGCUGGAAGACUUCACAUGAUGUCCUUCAUUAAAAUGCACUGUAUUCUGAAACUUUUUCAUUUUGUAUUUGACAGAAGUCACUGGUCAGCAAUGGAUAUAUGUGACAUAAGGCAAGUGUAUGGCAUAUUCAUAUCAUAGUGCCUUAUGUCAAAAUACAGCAAUAUGUCAUCACUGUUGCCCAUCACUGUCAAAGGAAGUGUUGUGCUAAACGAGACACUGUAUUUGAAUGUGAAAGUCUUUAAACCUAAAACCAAAUCAGUUUCAGUUCUCAUUAGAUUUGUCAUAAAAGCUGUAAUUUGGGUAUCAGUAGACUUCUUUAAAACUUCAAUGACAGUUUUGUGUUCAAUGUUGCAUUCUGAACUGAAAUGUAAAACAAGACUGAUUUAAAAACAGCUUUAUUUAUUUUUACUUUCAUGACAAUUUUUUACACAUCUUUGGUGGAUAGCUAAAAUUUCACCAUAUCCAUUAAUAAACUGUUGAUUGUUAUACAAACAAGUGGGAGAUUUUUCUCAUUAUUUAAAACUUUGGAGUUGCAGAAGCUGUGCCCUGUUCACCAGUCUGUGUUACUUGAGCUGAAGAUUUUGGAAGCGUGGAUUGAAAGUGCUCUGUCCUGUCAUACACAGGCACCAUGGAGGAAAUGAGGUGCCAGAGGACAAUAUUUUCACCUGUAUUAAAGUGUAAAAUGAUGUUUGUACAAUGAAAACCCGAAACUUUUUAUUGUAUAUGAUUUGUACAGAAGUGGAGGAGUGAGGAAAGCCGUGGGGUAUUUGCUAAUGUAAAUGUACUGUAAAGUUUGAAGAUGAGACUUUUAUAAUUGUAGAUUCUUGUAGAUGGAAGAAAUUAAACCCUACAACAUCA